UGGGGUGAGGGGGCAUCAGGAAGGGGAGGGGGAGGGCGUGCUGGAGCCGGCCGGCCUGGAGCUGGGUCGGGCUGGGCAGAGAAGGCGGAAGCUGACCCGGGGCGGGCUGCUCCCGCUAGUUGCCUACGGCCUCCAGUGCCUUUCGGCUCUCUCGACGGGCCCUGUUGUAUGGCCAAGGAGCUCCGGCGGCCGGACACCAUGCCCUGUCAUAACCAGCAGCUAGCUCCCGCGGCCACCGCCUCCCAGUGUCCCGAGCCGGCAGAACCCGGCGGCGGGCCAGGGCAGGACCAGGUGGGAGGCCCGGCCAAGCUGCCUGCCAACGGCGCCGUGGCUGGGCCGGCCGGGGACAGUGCCGAGGGCCCCCCGCCAGAGGACCGCGAGCCCGAGGACCUCUCCUUCUGCCAGCUCGGCCCGCAGCUCAAACUGCUACCCAUGAACGACCAGAUCCGGGAGCUCCAGACCAUCAUCCGGGACAAGACGGCCAGUCGAGGGGACUUCAUGUUUUCUGCAGACCGUUUGAUCAGACUUGUUGUGGAAGAGGGAUUGAAUCAGCUGCCAUAUAAAGAGUGCACAGUGACCACUCCAACAGGAUAUAAGUAUGAAGGAGUGAAAUUUGAGAAGGGGAAUUGUGGGGUCAGCAUAAUGAGAAGUGGAGAGGCCAUGGAGCAGGGUUUGCGGGACUGCUGCCGCUCAAUCCGAAUUGGAAAGAUUCUGAUCCAGAGUGAUGAGGAGACCCAAAGAGCCAAAGUCUAUUAUGCCAAAUUCCCCCCAGACAUUUACCGGAGGAAAGUCCUCCUGAUGUAUCCAAUCCUAAGUACUGGAAAUACUGUCAUUGAGGCUGUAAAAGUCCUUAUAGAGCAUGGUGUUCAACCCAGUGUCAUCAUUGUCCUCAGUCUCUUUUCUACUCCUCAUGGUGCCACGUCGAUCAUCCAGGAGUUCCCAGACAUCACAAUUUUAACCACAGAGGUCCAUCCUGUUGCACCAACACAUUUUGGACAGAAGUAUUUUGGAACAGAUUAAGUUCGAGGAACACUGGGUUCCCCUGUACAAUAUUAUAAGAGUGUAUUGAGUUUCCUCUUGUUGACCUAUUUCGGUUGGGGAAUGGGAUGAGACAGUGAGGUGGAGGGGCUGUUUAAAUUUUUUUUUUUGUGGGCCAAAUGGGAAAUAUUGGCGGUCUCUUCAUUUAAUUUGGUUAUUUCUUGACUGUUGGAACCAAGUGCAAUAAUGAGGCACACUCAGCUCUUAGAAUUGAUGGGAAUUUUAAUAAUGUGCUUAUGCAAAUUACUGGACUCUUCAGUGAAUUAAUUUAUUCUCUAGUUUCUGGACUGCCCUGCUCUGAGGUUUCCUGUAGUUACAAAUAAAACCAAAAAGAGUCAGUUCUCUAAGGCCCACUGGGAGUUGCAUUGUGUUCUGUUUGCUUUCUGCUCCCCUGAGAAACAGAGAGAGGGGUGUGUGUGUGUGUGUGUGUGUGUGUGUGUGUGUGUGUGUGUGUGUCUGUGUGUGUGUGUCUGUGUGUCUGUGUGUGUCUCUGUCUAAGCCCACUUUCCGUCUUCCUCUCUUCUCCACUUUCCCAGUUCUGGCUCUUUCUCUUGGUGACUUAUAAACAAAACUGAGUGCCUCUGGAAGCCCUCAUUUUCUUUCCUGUCCAUGCUCAGCUGGCAGACCCAAGAUGUCGGCCCCGAAUGUGUGCUUGACUUUUCAGCUGGUCCAUUAUUUUUUUUGUGGCCCACUUCCCAAGCAGUGCGUGGCUGGCUGGGCAGUGAAGGAAAAGGAAACCAUUUUGGCAACUGGGCUGUGCCAGUGACCCCCACUGAACACCCCUGGGAAGUCAGAAUGGCAGCACAGGAAGGCUAAGUACAGUUAAAUAGCAUCAAUCCAGAGAAAGGAAAUGAUGGAUGGGUGUGAGUGGGGCGGGUCGGGGGCAGGGGGAGUGGUGGCAGGCAGAAUGAUUUCUUGCUUGGUCUUCUGGCCAAUAAGUAAAUUAAAAUGAUGUGAUUUCAUAUUGAUGUUCUUUUACUUGAAGACUGUGAUUUGGAAAAGUCAUUUGGCAAGUUUUGUCACUUGUAGAUGUGCUGAAAUGGGACAAAAGAAGGUCAUGUUUUGUAUAAUCCCAAUAAUUUGCAGGUGUUGCUAUUUUGGCUUCCACAAUGGAGAGGAAUCAUUUUUGAAACAAAAGCUUCUUGGUCAACUACUUGUAAAAACCUUUACUGUAUUUUGCAUUGAUAUUAAAAAAAACCCCCCACAAUUCUAA